UGCCAUGAUUAUGGGAUGAUUGAUGACUUGAUUUGCUUCACAAGUGAUGCUGUGAUGAGCGGUGUGCCACUGAACGUUGGACAGAAAGUCAUCGCUGUUGUUGAAGAGGAUAAAACAUCUAAUGGAUUGAAGGCGAUCAGAGUAGAAGCUGUCUCAGACAAAUGGGAAAACUAUAGCAGUCCUACUUACGACUCUUCUGAAUUAAAAACUAAAAUGUUAACUGGCAAUAUUACAUCUCUUACUGAAGAUGGUGGCUAUAUUAAUAAGACAACUUCUUUCUCCAUGGACCAGGUUUGUGAAGGCUUCGAACCUUGUAAAGGUGACUGGGUGCAAGCUGAAUAUUUUAUUAACCCAACAACAUGGAGCAGUGAAGCAGUUUCUGUAAAGCCACUGAGAUAUAAGCGAGUGGACAAAGUUCGUAUUUCCAGUAUUUGUGGAAGAAUUGGCGUAGUAGAUGACAGUAUAUUUUUCAUUCUGGAUUCUCUGAGACUUCCUGAUGGUUAUUCACCUCGUAGACAUGACCUGGUCAAUGUGGUGGUUGUGGAGAGUAACCAGUCAUGUUACAUUUGGAGAGCACUCUGCAUGGCUCCCUCAGACAAGAAUGGUGAAAUGAACUUGGAUGAGUCAUAUGAAAAUUUAAUGAGAGACAAAGGAGGACUGGAGGUGUCAAGAAUGACUAACUUUGGAACGCUUAAGCUAGGGGAGAGUAAAAACAUGGUCAUUUGGAUAGAGAAUAAGGGAAAUGUACCACAUUCCUUAAUCAGCUGCAGACUAGCUGGCUGGGAAAAAGAGAAGCAGUUUAGCUUUCAGUUGCCUGAAAAAGGCCAGAAGACUCCAACAGCAUUUUUGUCAUCAUCUGUUCCUGUGAAACAAGAGAAUUUGUCAAAAGGGAGCAUCAAUUCACUCAAUAACAGUAGAGAACCUACGUGCCAGCCAUUGAAUAACGCAUUUGUUAUGAAUAAUGGAACCCCACGGGAAGGAAUUAAUCCUAAGGAUCCAGAUUUAGCAAGAGAGAAUGAAGAUCUUGGUAGCAGAGAAGAUGAAAAUCUGUGCAGUGGAGAAAAUGGACAAAAUGUGGAAGAACAGCCAACAGUUGAGACAGAAGCUAAUGGGGAAAUCUUCAUACCGCCUGAUGGAAAGACUUCCAUUGUGAUCAUAUGCACCGCAGUAAACCCUGGCCGCUGCAAAGAACUUCUGUUGCUUUGUUUUUCUGAUUUUAUUAUUGGACGUUACAUUGAAGUAACUGUAAUAAAUGAAGAGGAAUCUCUAAUAGCAGCCACUGAACCAUUCUCAGUAAGAAAGCAUAAAGUUAUUCCAGAGUUACAGCACAUGAAGACCACAGUGUCUGUAACAGAACACAAAAGAAGUUGUAGAAGACAUCUUCCAAGUUUCCUACCAUACUAUCCCAUACCGGAUAGAUUAAGAAAAUGUGUGGAGCAGAAAUUGGACAUACUGACUUUUCAACCUCUCCUUGCAGAGCGACUGAAUCUGUCUAACUAUAAAGCAAACCUUUCUACCCUGCUCUGGCUUGAGGAGAUCCAUGCUGAAAUGGAGAUCAAAGAAUUUAGCAUGAGUGGAAUCAUUUUGAAAAAGAAUGGAAACUUCUUGGUGCUGGAAGUGCCAGGAUUGACAGAGGGAAGACCUUCCUUAUAUGCAGGUGACAAAGUGAUACUAAAAAGUCAAGACUACUCUGAGCAUAUAAUAGAGUACAUUGCCUAUGUUACUGAGAUUCACAAUGAAGAUGCUACUCUGAGACUUAACCCAGAGUUUGAACGGGUUUACAACUCUGAACCCAUGGAUGUAGAAUUUGCAUUCAAUAGGACUACCAGCAGGCGAUGCCAGUUUGCAGUUGAACAAGGCAUCUAUCUGGGUGAAAAAGUGUUAUUUCCAGAUACUCUGGUUUUACAAUCCCCACAAGUUGUCAAGACUUGGAAUAAGAUGGGAUGUCGUACUAUUGCUGAUGAUCAUGAACAGUAUACCAAGAAGAAAGACAUGUGCUCUUUUCAGAAAAAGAAAAUGCAAAAUGAACAAACAAAAUGCAUGGUGCCAAAGGAGAGAAACAUAGUGGCUGUGCCUCGAAUGGUGACUGUUGCUACACAGACAAGUAAACUGAUCAAUGGAAUCAUGACACCUGAACAGAGAGACUGUGAAUUUUUCAAUCCUGUGCUGAAUGAGCAUCAGAAAUUAGCAGUGAAGAGGAUACUUAGUGGUGAAUGUCGUCCAACUCCUUAUAUUCUCUUCGGACCACCGGGAACUGGAAAAACUGUAACAAUGAUAGAAGCUAUCUUACAGGUACACUAUACUUUACCAGACAGUCGAAUUUUGGUCUGUGCACCAUCCAACAGUGCAACGGAUUUAGUUUGCUUACGACUGCAUGAUAGUAACCUCCUAAAACCAGGAGCUAUGGUCAGAGUUAAUGCUAGCUGCAGGUGUGAAGAGACAAUCAGUGAUACAGUAAAACUUUACUGCAAAGAUGGUGACGAUAUUUGGAAUGCAUCACGGUUCAGGAUAAUAAUUACCACAUGUAGCAGUGCAGGAAUGUUUUAUCAAAUAGGAGUAAGGCUUGGGCAUUUCACACACGUAUUUGUGGAUGAAGCAGGACAGGCAAGUGAACCAGAAUGCUUGAUUCCACUUGGGUUGAUUUCAGAAGUUAAUGGACAGAUAGUGCUUGCUGGAGAUCCGAUGCAGUUAGGACCAGUAAUAAAAUCUACCCUUGCAAUGGCUUAUGGAUUAAAUAUAUCCAUGCUGGAAAGACUAAUGUCACGAUCUCUGUAUCAGAGAAAUGAGGAUACUUUUGGUGUUUAUGGAUCGUACAAUCCUCUGUUGGUUACAAAGCUUUUGAAGAAUUACAGAUCACAUUCUACAUUGCUUGCGUUGCCAUCUAAACUGUUUUAUCAUAAAGAGCUGGAAGUUUGUGCAGACACUUCAGUAGUAACUUCUUUGUUGGGUUGGGAAAAAUUACCGAGGAAGGGGUUUCCACUAAUUUUUCAUGGCAUGAGGGGCAGUGAAACACGUGAAGGACACAACCCCUCUUGGUUUAAUCCUACAGAAGCAGUUCAAGUAAUGCGUUAUUGUUGCCUUCUUGCGAAACACAUUAACAAUGCAGUGUCGGUGACUGAUAUUGGGGUGAUUACACCAUAUCGUAAACAGGUAGAAAAAAUUAGGUUUCUUCUGCGAAAUGUUGAUUUGAUGGAUAUUAAAGUUGGUUCUGUAGAGGAGUUUCAAGGGCAGGAGUACUUGGUGAUCAUCAUAUCGACAGUACGAUCAAAUGAGGGCUCAUUUGAUGAUGAUAGAUACUACUUGGGAUUCCUCUCUAAUGCAAAACGAUUUAAUGUGGCAAUUACCAGACCAAAGGCUUUGCUUAUUCUGGUGGGAAAUCCUCAUGUUCUUGUAAAAGAUCCCUGUUUCAGUGCUCUUUUGGAAUACAGCCUAGCAAAUGGAGUUUAUGUAGGUUGCGAUUUGCCUUCUGAAUUGAAAUCUCUGCAACAGUAA